AUGGCGCACAGGGCCAACAACAACGGCAGGGCGGAGCGGGAAGCGAACGAACCCAGAGGUCCAUCGGCGCUGACCCGGUUCCUUUCGUUUCGCCUUUCGCCGGCGUCCGUGUUCCGGCGAUCGCGCAUCCGUGGAGGUUCGUUGCCGGGGAACCAAUCUCCCGAGAACCAGGAGGUGUCCCCGCCGCAGGGCACCAAUAACCGGCCAGCUGCCAUCAAACUGAAGCCUUUGCCGGAGCCAACCAACGAUCACCGAGGAGCGCGCUGGGCCGUCUUUAACAACUUCAUAACGUACGAAAGUAACUACAUGGAGACGCUGCAGUUCCUCACCUUGGACUGCUAUAACGAGCUGAUAAAGAAUGACAACACCCUACACCGCUCGAAGACGGCGGAGAUAUUCGCCUACCUGCCGCAGAUCCGCAAGCUGCACGAGCACUUCCAGGAGUGGGUAGCCACGAGUGCCGACUGCUGGCACGUGAGGGAGAUAUCCGGGUGGUUCUUUGGCGCGAUGCUGGAGCAGCCGGCCCUGCUGAUGACGUACACGAUGUUUGUGGCCAACUACAAGCGUGCGGUGGGCGUGCUGAAGCGGGAGCUGGCGCGCAACCGGACGUUCCGGAACUUCGUCGAGUCGCGGUUGAUUCAGGCGAACCAGCGGCAGCACUCGCUCGAGUCGUUCCUGAUGCGCCCGAUCCAGCGUAUGAUACACUUCGAGCUGCAGAUCCUGGACAUGAUGCAGCAGACGCCGAAGGGCCAUCCCGAUAUGCCCCUGCUGGAGAUGUGCAAGCGGCGCGUGCAGUACAUCGUGUCCCAGCUGGACGCGCUGGAGGGUCACACCGGGUCGCUGGAGGGCGUACUGAAGAGCACGUUCCCGGGGCGGUUUCCCUCCGCGCCGUACGCCUGCUGCUGGCCCGAGACCCAGGUGCUGCGGUGCGAGAACCUACACCAGACGUCCACCAGCCGUGGGGGUGCGACAGUGGAAACCAUCCUCCCGCUCUACCUGAUGACCGACCGGGUCCUGCUCACCGUAGUCAGCGACAGUACGCGAGCCGGUCGCUUCGAGGGCAAGCUGAACCUCAAGUGGAUGCUGCCGCUGCAGGAGAUCGACUUUCAGACCGUCUUCUACUCCUGUGCGGACCCUCCCGAACCGUACAUGGAGAUGCUGCACCUGAUGCUCGACUUUGCAACGAUGUCCGAGAUUGACACGCUCGUCGGCGGACUCCACAACUCCUUCGACGAGCUCAGUCCGGUCAGGGUCACAGGCAUCCUGGACUCGUUCGGUGCGGCGAUUCAGAAAUUGAACGACGACGCCAGGAAGGCCGAGGAGUCGUUCAACUCGUGCGAGCUGGUGUUGCGGACGAAGAAGGACGGUUACUACAGCGGCAGGGGGCGGAAGUACCGGCUGCAGUUCGAGGACGGCUCGGCGAAGCGGCGCUGGUUCGAGCACGCCCGGUUGGCGCAGCGGGCGAUGGCGAGCUCCCUGCACUCCUCGGCCUGGUGGGUCGGACAGGACCAGCUGUUCGCCACAUCCGAGCCGGUGUUUCUGGGCAAGUUCUCGCCGAUGUUCCACGAAGAAACGUCCAAGAUCACCUGCGGGUGCUACUACGAGCCCAACCUUUCGGCACCGUUGUACGCCCGGCUGCCGCUGAGCGAUUGGCUGCGUCACCAGAACACCCUGUGGCUGUGUUCGUUCGAGGGCGUUAACACCGUCGUGGCGUUGUACACGCACGACGUAAUCGCGAACGUUCUGCGCCCACGAACGAUGUUCACGCUCCCGGACGUCCUGGUGGAGAGCAUCGUGCACGUACCGAUCGGUAUGGUGGAGGCGGACGACGACUCGACGAUCGACACCGUGUGGCUUGGCAUGCAGGAUCAGCUGAUCCUCUACUCGGCCACCUAUCCGCUGAUCGACGAACCGCUGCUGACCGUCCCUAUCAGGGGCUACCCUCAGCAUAUGCUGUACGUGCAGGGUCGCGUGUACGUCGGGCUGGACGACGGCAAGCUGCUGGUGUUCCGCAUUGUGGCAGAGGUCUGGAACGUGGACAGUCCGGUCGUGGUUCACGUCUCCGAUGCGCCCAUCUCGGCCCUCCUCAGCAUCGAGGAUGACGUGUACGUUGCGGCCGGGUUCACGGUAACCGUGAUCGAUGGCCGAACGGACCGUGUCGUGAACGUGCUCUACCCUGACGACCCCGAAAGCCCGCAGAAGCCGAGACCGAUCGUGCGGAUGGCGCAUUCGGUGAACGGGUUGUGGCUGGUUCGCUGCAGCUCGAGCAUCGUCUCGCUGUAUCGCCCCCCGCCCUGGAUGCACCAGGAAGGGCUGGACGUUGGCAAGCACGUGAAGCGUGCGAUGCCGCACGUCUCGAUGCUGUACUUCCGCGGUGGGAUCUCCAUCACCGCCCUCCAGCUGGUCGACGACUCGCUGUGGAUCGGUACGAACGGAGGCGUCACCCUCAUGGUGGUUCUGCCGGCACGCAGCAACGUCCCGCUGGUGGAGGACUUUGUGUACGCAGCGAAACACGGCCAUAUGCAGAGUGUGUCCUUCCUGCUGCCACUGCUGCCCGCCUCCAACAACGAUGUCGGCGACGGCAACAACUACGGCGCGGCGUCCGACUUUCCACCGGACGACGAAGACUCGACCUCCUCCUACGCCACGGCACAGGCCGAAGUGGACACCGAUUCGUCGGACUCCGGAUUCGGACGUUCGCACACCUACACCGGCACCAUCCCGAAGCAACCGAGGGCCCCGCCCGAACUCGAGCGGAAGCACCCCAGCCCUCAGUCUCCGGGUCCGUCGAAACCGAACGUGCGCCGCACGCCGAACUGGCCGGCACCGUUCGCUGAUAGCUCGUCGCGGGCUCCUGCAACUCCGGGUGAAGGUCCGGCCACGGCGCUGAUCAUCGUCGGAGGCGAAGGCUACGCCAACUGGUACGACUGGGAGCAGAUGACGGCCGGACGCACGAUGUACAACUCGUUCGAGGACAUGGAGCAGGAGCUGAUGGACGAUACCUUUCCGUCCGCGCAGGCCCUGCUCUGGGAGAAACGCCUCAACCGACCGGCCAACAGGAGUGAAACACCUUAA